GCUGAAGGAGUCGAACGCAGAACCAGCGAGCAGGCCAAGGGCGGCUUGGGGCUGUGGCUCAGCAGGCCGGGCUUGGCUGAAGGCCUGGGGACUCGGCUACAGGGCACUGCCCGAGCAGCGGCGUGAUCCAUGGGCAGUAGCGCGGGACGCGAUGACGGACUGCGGCGAGGAGCAGCGAAACGAGCUGGAGGCUCUGGAGUCCAUCUACCCCGACUCCUUCACAGUAUUAUCAGAAAAUCCACCCAGCUUCACCAUUACUGUGACAUCUGAUGCUGGAGAAAAUGAUGAAAUUGUCCAGACUACCCUCAAGUUUACAUACAGUGAGAAAUACCCAGAUGAAGCUCCUCUUUAUGAAAUAUUCUCCCAGGAAAAUCUAGCAGAUAAUGAUGUCAGAGACAUUUUAAAAUUAUUAGCAAUUCAGGCUGAGGAAAAUCUUGGUAUGGUCAUGAUCUUUACUCUAGUGACAGCGGUGCAAGAAAAAUUAAAUGCAAUAGUAGAUCAGAUAAAAACAAGAAGAGAGGAAGAAAAGAAACUAAAGGAAAAAGAAGCAGAAGAAGCAGAGAAGCAAUUAUUCCAUGGCACGCCUGUAACAAUUGAGAAUUUCUUAUGUUGGAAAGCCAAGUUUGAUGCAGAACUCUUGGAAAUUAAAAAGAAACGGAUGAAAGAAGAAGAACAAGCAGGAAAAAAUAAACUGAGUGGCAAACAGCUGUUUGAAACAGAUCAUAAUCUUGACACAUCUGAUAUCCAGUUCUUGGAGGAUGCUGGAAACAACGUGGAAGUAGAUGAGUCUUUAUUCCAGGAAAUGGAUGACUUGGAACUGGAGGACGUUGAAGAUGAACCAGAUUACAAUCCCGCAGAUGCAGGGAGUGACUCCACAGAAUGACAGACUGUCUCCAUCUCCAGAGAGGCUGGACAGCCACAGCACCUGUGGCUAUGCUGAGGGGGGUGAUUUUCCUUCCUUUUUUUUCUAAGAAAAAAUAAUUUUCAGGAGAAUAUUUUCUGAUAACUUUCAUCAUUGAACCUAAUAAACUGACCAUAAUACUUCACAUA